UUUUAAGGUUUUUUGCCUCUUAAUACACCACGCCAUCUUCCAGUGUAUGGACUCAAUUUUUCAUCAUACAGAGAAAGAGAGAGAGCACUUUGUGAGAAAGUGCUAUUCCAACGUAGAAAGCAUAGAUGGAGAGAGAGAUACAAUUACAGAGGACGCUUUCAAGAGUACUUUCUCCGUUUUGUCAAUAAAUCUCUCCUCUCUCUUUCAUAUACAUCUAUAGUCUCUCUUCUUCUAGUGCUCUCGGUUUUUUCAACGAUGUGAUUAAGCGCCCUUUCUUUUCUGUCUGUUGGGAUUUGGGAGGAAACUUUCUAAAGGGUUCCUUCGAUUUCCUCGCUUUUGAGCUCACGAUAUUAGCUUUCUCUGCAAAUCUGCCUCUCGUUUGUAUUUAACGUGACCAUGUAAGCUUAUUGUUUAUGAAAAAACGGCUGCUAUAUACUGGUAGUCACCUGGACACCUAGCUAGCUAUAUCACCAACACGCCAUUGAUUUCCCAUAGUUGUCCUUCAAAGGCGAACAUGUUAUUUCAUGAACUCAUUUGACACAGUUCACUAGUGCUGUUUGAUUGGAGAAAAUCUGCAACUUUAAUGGCUAAAGUUUGUUGGCCAUACUUUGAUCCUGAAUAUGAGAACCUGAGUACUAGAAUCAAUCCUCCAAGGGUAUCAGUUGAUAACACAACUUGCAAUGACUCUACUCUAAUAAAGGUUGACAGCAUGAAUAAACCAGGAAUUCUGUUGGAAGUCGUGCAAAUUCUAACCGAUAUGGACCUCAUCAUCACCAAAGCUUAUAUAUCUUCAGAUGGAGGAUGGUUUAUGGAUAUAUUUCAUGUCACUGACCAACAAGGAAAGAAGAUUACAGACAGUAAAACCAUUGAUUACAUAGAGAAGGCUUUAGGUCCAAAGGAGUACAACAAAACUGAAUUGAAGACUUGGCCAGGUAAACGGGUAGGAGUGCACUCUGUCGGUGAUCACACAGCCAUUGAACUUAUUGGCAGGGAUCGUCCCGGUCUCUUGUCAGAGAUUACUGCUGUCCUUGCCAACCUCCACUUCAAUGUGAUUGCUGCUGAAGUUUGGACACAUAAUAGGCGAAUAGCAUGUGUUGUGUAUGUCAAUGAUGACACUACAUGUCGCGCUGUUGAUGACCCUACAAGAUUAUCUGUUAUGGAGGAGCAGCUUAAGAACAUUUUGCGCGGGUGUGAGGAUGAUGAGAAAGUGGCUCGUACCAGCUUCUCCAUGGGGUUCACCCACAUUGACCGAAGGCUACAUCAAAUGUUUUUUGCAGAUAGGGAUUAUGAAGGUGGAGGAGUAGCAAAUGAGGUGGAUCAUCCUCCUGCCUUCCAGCCGAAGAUCACAGUUGACCGUUGCGGGGACAAGGGAUACUCAGUAGUUAGUGUUCGUUGCAAAGAUCGAGCGAAAUUGCUUUUUGACAUUGUAUGCACUCUCACAGACAUGCAAUAUGUUGUUUUUCAUGCCUCAAUUUCAUCUGAUGGGCCCUAUGCUUUACAGGAGUAUUAUAUCCGUCACAUGGAUGGUUGCAUACUUGAUAGUGAAGGAGAAAAAGAAAGAGUCAUCAAAUGUCUUGAAGCUGCAAUCCGAAGAAGAGUAUGCGAAGGUCUUAGUUUAGAGCUUUGUGCAAAAGACAGAGUAGGAUUGUUGUCAGAAGUAACAAGGGUUCUACGUGAGAAUGGAUUGUCGGUCACAAGAGCAGGAGUAACAACAGUAGGAGAGCAAGCAGUGAAUGUUUUCUAUGUAAGAGACUCUUCAGGGAAUCCAGUAGACAUGAAAACUAUUGAAGCUCUUCGUAAAGAAAUUGGACAGACCAUGUUGCUUGAUGUGAAGAAAACUCCUGUUAGUGCAAGAGAACCUGAAGCCAGAGGAUGGGCAAAAACAAGCUUCUUCUUCGGCAAUUUGUUGGAAAGGUUCUUGGCUUGAACCCAUGUCCAUAUAUAUGUGAUGGAAACUUAGAACUGUAUAGAUAUAAUAAAAUAUGGGCUGGACAUGAAAUUGUAUACUUUGCUCUAUGUAAAGCAUAAAUGCUUGCAAGUCAAUGAAGUUUGGACUUUUUUUUUUUU